AGCCCAAUCUGGCAACCCGUAUCUUACAUCGCGCGCGCUCAUUCCGGAGCUCUCAGCGCUGUCUCCAAGCUGCACGCGCACGCUCUCGCGCACCAACUGGCCGCUUUGUUUUCGGGAACAAAAACGCGUCAAAAUGGAGGAAUACAGAUGAAACCCCAGACAUCUGAUUAAAGCCUCUGAUCACUCCUCCUGUAUCUGACACAUCACGAUGGAGACGGUGGUUAUUGUGGCCAUUGGAGUGUUGGCCACCAUUUUUCUGGCAUCUUUUGUGGCACUGGUGGUCGUCUGUCGCCAUCGUUAUUGCCAUCGGCCCAACCUGCUGCAUCACUUCGAGUCAAAGCCCACAGUGGAUCUGAUUGGAGCGAUGGAGACUCAGAGCGAGCCAUCCGAGUUGGAGCUGGACGACGUGGUCAUCACCAACCCGCACAUCGAAGCCAUCCUGGAGAAUGAGGAGUGGAUCGAAGACGCCUCCGGUCUAGUGUCUCAUUGUAUCUCCAUCCUGAAGAUAUGCCACACUCUGACAGAGAAACUUGUUGCCAUGACAAUGGGCUCUGGAGCAAAGGUAAAAGCCCCUGCCAGCCUUAGUGACAUCAUCACGGUGGCCAAACGCAUCAGCCCCAGGGUAGAUGAUGUGGUUCGGUCAAUGUAUCCCCCACUGGACCCAAUCCUCCUCGAUGCCAGGGCUACAGCGUUGCUGCUGUCCGUCAGUCACUUAGUGCUAGUGACGCGAAACGCCUGUCAUAUGUCUGGCAGCCUGGACUGGAUCGACCAAUCGCUGCACGCCGCUGAGGAUCACAUGGUAGUGCUCAGGGAGGCAGCCUUGGCAUCAGAACCUGAGAGACGACUACCAGAAAGAGAGCAGUCCAUCUGAGUCACACACACACACACACACACAUAGCAAGCAGGGGAAUGUCACACAAUCCACACAUAUACUUAGUAAUAGCCUUUCUUGCACAAACACCUUAUCUUCGUUUUUUAAAAUCACCUUUUUUAAUCUGUUACACUGCUUACAGCGAUAGUUACAAUCACUUUCUAUUUUUUCACUUCUAAUGUAAAUGCGUUGAAACAAUCAUGGACACUUCCAUUGCAUUAUUCUUAUCCACCUCUUUUUUUAUAGCAUGGUAGUAUAAACCUCCUUAAUCUGUAUACAUAUUUGGAACUGGAAACUGCCACCAAUCAGCGAAAUAUUUGUAUAUAGUGAACAGAAAAUUACAGAUUUAAUAUACACAGUAAUUACUAGUAAGUGUUUAGUUAUGUAGUCAUGUAUAAAAUGUGGAGUUAGUUUAGUAAUGAUGCACUUGAUUAUAUUCUUUGACUUUGGAGCAAAUAAAAAUGUGUUCAAAUACAAAGAUACCAGAUACCAACAGUUAUAAACUCUCUCUCUCUCACACACACACAACUUUUUGUGGCUUGUAAUUCUUAGUCACAUGAUGUUUAAAGCCUGUCUAAUUCCCAAACCUCCCUGCACUGUUCCCACACCUAACAAAUGCCAAUACAACCAGCUUAAACAUUAACACUAAAGUCUUUGCCAGCUUAACUUUGAGCACAUGCACAACAAUCGUAGCAUUGUUAUUAAACCGGCUAUGAAACUAAAA